GAGCCUUGAAUAGCCAAAAGGGAACGGUAGAACCACUUCCUUGCACCCAAACCUGGUGAGGUUCCAUCUGUUCACCCAGAGCACCCACUUUCUUCAAAUCUCUAGCUCCUGGAAAUUCUCAAUCAUGUCCUGGUGCACUAUUGAAUCUGAUCCUGGUGUGUUUACUGAACUUACACAGCAGAUGCAAGUAAAAGGUGUCCAGGUUGAGGAAUUAUAUUCGUUGGACCUUGAAUCCUUAAACAAUCUCCGGCCAGUGUUUGGAUUGAUUUUUCUUUUUAAAUGGUGCCCCGGGGAGAAAGACCACCGUCUUGUAAUUAAGGAUCCUAACCCAAAUUUAUUUUUUGCAAGCCAGGUUAUUAACAAUGCAUGUGCAACGCAAGCCAUCCUCUCCAUUCUUAUGAAUUGUCCAGACAUUGACAUUGGCUCUGAACUUUGCAUGUUGAAAGAAUUCACUAAGAACUUCCCGCCGGAGCUUAGGGGCUUGGCAAUUAACAAUAGUGAGGCCAUACGUACAGCUCACAACAGCUUUGCAAGGCCUGAGCCAUUUGUGCCUGACGAACAAAAAGUUGCUGGAGAGGAUGAUGAUGUAUACCACUUUAUAAGCUAUUUGCCUUUUGAAGGAGUCUUGUAUGAACUAGAUGGAUUGAAGGAAGGACCCAUUAGCCUCGGGCCAUGUCCUGGUGGGCAAGAUGAAAUGGAUUGGUUGCGAAUGGUGCAACCGGUGAUCCAGGAACGUAUGGACAGGUAUUCUAGAAGUGAGAUAAGAUUCAACCUCAUGGCAGUUAUAAAGAAUAGGAAGGAGAUGUACACAACUGAACUGAAGGAAUUACAGAGGAGAAGGGAACGAAUCGUGCAAGAGCUUUCUGCUGCACGGUCAGACAGGAUGGACAAUGCACAUAUCGAAUCACUCAACAAAACGCUAAAAGAAAUAAACUCGGGUAUUGAGAGCGCUACUGAGAAGAUAUUGAUUGAGGAGGAGAAAUUCAAGAAGUGGAGAACAGAAAAUAUCCGUAGAAAACACAACUAUAUACCAUUUUUGUUCAACUUCCUGAAGGUCCUAGCUGAAAAGAAGCAAUUGAUAUCUCUUAUUGAGAAGGCAAAGCAGAAGACAGCUCAACCUAACUGAAAGCUCCUGUUUUCAGUUUUACUGUGAGGGGCCGGCCUUGUUGCAGAGCACAAUCCAAUGCAAGAAAUCUACAUUAUCUGGGUUUUA